UGUGUUUGCUGCUGGCUCCCCUCUGUCCUCCAUUAAAGCUCGGCUCCAUCCCUGCUGUACGGCGCAGGCCCGAAGUAGCGCAGCCGCUCUGAGUAACUGUAGCUGUGUAGACCAGGUGGCUGAUAAUGGAGGAGCACACCGUUCACCAGGCAGAACACAUGACCACCAUUGAGGCCAGCGCCGUCAGCCAACAGGUCCAGCAGGUACAUGUGGCCACCUUUACUGAAGCAUCCAUGAUGAGUGCCGAGGAGGACUCGACGUCCUCGCCAGACGAUGAUCCUUAUGACGACACAGACAUCCUCAACUCAGCUGGCACUGAUGAGGUCACCGCUCACCUGGCUGCCGCAGGGCCAGUGGGCAUGGCAGCUGCAGCUGCUGUGGCAACCGGGAAGAAAAGAAAAAGGCCUCAUAUCUUUGAAUCCAACCCUUCCAUCCGUAAGAGGCAGCAGACCCGCCUGCUCAGGAAACUGCGAGCGACGCUGGAUGAGUACACCACCAGAGUGGGCCAGCAGGCCAUAGUGUUAUGUAUCUCCCCCUCCAAACCCAACCCUGUGUUCAAAGUGUUCGGUGCUGCUCCUCUGGAGAAUGUGGUGAGGAAGUAUAAGAGCAUGAUGUUGGAGGACCUGGAGAACGCCCUGGCUGAGCACGCCCCUGCCGGUGGAGAGCUGGCCUCAGAGCUGCCCCCUCUCACCAUUGAUGGCAUCCCCGUCUCUGUGGAUAAGAUGACCCAGGCUCAGCUGCGAGCGUUUAUCCCAGAGAUGCUGAAGUACUCAACAGGCAGAGGGAAGCCUGGCUGGGGUAAGGAGAGCUGCAAGCCAGUGUGGUGGCCUGAGGACAUCCCUUGGGCCAACGUCCGCAGUGAUGUCCGCACAGAGGAGCAGAAACAGAGAGUGUCAUGGACGCAGGCGUUGCGGACUAUAGUGAAGAACUGCUAUAAGCAGCACGGCCGUGAGGAUCUAUUAUAUGCUUUUGAAGACCAGCAGGUAACUGCGGCAACCACCACCCAGCACCACCUGGCCACUGCACAGAGCAUCGCUCACCUCGUGCCCUCACAAACUGUGGUACAGACCAUCAACAACCCUGAUGGAACCGUCUCGCUUAUCCAGGUUGGCACCGGACACACAGUUGCCACUCUGGCAGAUGCCUCAGAGCUGCCUGGUGUGACAGUGGCACAGGUUAACUAUUCAACUGUGACUGACGGAGAGGUGGAGCAAAACUGGGCCACCCUCCAGGGCGGAGAGAUGACAAUCCAAACCACUCAAGCAUCAGAGGCCACGCAGGCUGUGGCGUCGCUGGCCGAAGCUGCUGUCGCCGCCAGUCAGGAGAUCCAGCCCGGAGCCACAGUCACAAUGGCCCUCAACAGUGAGGCAGCGGCACAUGCUGUAGCGACGUUGGCAGAAGCCACUCUACAAGGAGGAGGGCAGAUUGUCCUGGCAGAGACAGCAGCUGCUGUCGGGGCACUGGCAGGGGUUCAAGAUGCCACAGGUCUGGUCCAGAUCCCAGUCAGCAUGUACCAGACCGUCGUGACCAGCCUCGCUCAGGGCAACCGGCCCGUCCAGGUUGCCAUGGCACCUGUCGCCACACGCAUAGAUAACACUGUCACACUGGACGGCCAGGCGGUGGAGGUUGUGACCCUGGAGCAGUGACAUUCGGGAACCUUGGAAGGAGUAGAAAAGCACUGAAAAGGCCACCUUGGAGAUUUGUUUAUCUAUCUCGGUUUUCCAAGACGUCACUGUCGCUGUGUACAAUGUCAAAUAUAUUUUUAAAUGUACAUCUGCAGGGGAAGGAAGUUAUUAAUGCAUUGUGUUUACUAUGUAAAGAUAUUGCUUUUGUUGGUGUCAUUUUUUUUUUUUUUAAUUUUAUUUUAUUUUUCCCAUUUAGCUUCAUGUUGUUUUUUUUUGUUUUUUUUUUAAAGCUCUGUGUUUGUGGAGUAUUAAAUAUUUAUUUCCUUACAAUUAACCUUUACUUAAAACAAUGACGAACCAAAAAGCCCAGGAGGAAAGCCACCACUGCUUCACUCAAGAGUGUGUUACCUAUCAUUGUUCUGGAUUUUUUUUUCGGUAUCUUCUGUGUUCUUGACUGUUCUGUUUCUAGGAUACAUUAAAAAUUCAGUGCCAUAGUCAGAAAUCACUCCUUUUCUGUUUCCCUGUCCCCACCCCCUCUAUCAUCACUGUUCUAAGAUUUCCACCUGAAUCUCUCCGGAGCAGCAUCUGAGCUGUAGACACUCCCUGACAUUUUUCUCACGUUAGAUGAUAAAAUAUUAUGUUGGAGUAUCGUCUUGUCAUGUUCUGUUCCCUGUUCUGUUCCACUGUAGUCCACGCACAUGCCAAAAUUUGCGAAGACUCAGGAUAACACAGUACAUGAAGGUGUUUUUUACCGCUGGAUUUGCUGAGCUUGACUUCUUGAAGCAGUCUUUUUGUUUACCAAAUCUUGUUUCUUUCCCAGUGCAUGGAUAGGAGGAGCGCACCCCCUUGGUAUGUUGUUUUUAACACGAACUCCUUUGUAUGUCACUGAAGACUCGGUGGUCCACAUCACUUUGUAAAUGACGGGACGUUGGUCGUACUUGGAGCUGCAGUAUUUUGCAACCCCAAAAAAAACAACAAAACAAAACGCUUGGCAGGAAUCAACUUAGUUUGAUGCAGCUGUAACAGUCAGUUUAACUCUCACCAGACUUGUAUUUGAAAAAAAUAUUGUCCAAUAAAAUGGCUGCUGUUCACCAUUCAAACAGUUGCUCUCUCAGUUAUUUGCUGAAAACAUGGAAUGCUAAAGUGUUUUUCACAAUAAAAUAUCUGCAUGUGA